UUAGAUUGAUUUUAUUUUGGAUAACAAGAUGAUAAAUGAAAAUAGGGUAUGCAUUAUAUGUAUCGUGUAUAACUGUAUAUUUAAAAGGGAAUGAGAUAUUGGUUUGCUGGAUUUUGGAAAAUUAUAUCAUGCUUUGGUGCUUGCCAAAAGAUUUGUAUUGAUAAGGUAGAAGUUACCGCCCUUGUAGUAAGAAAGAAUUGUAGGAUGCAUAGAUAGGCUUGUAUUAGUUCAUAUCUAUGUUUUGGUAGAAUUGUAUAAAUUUGAUCAUCUUUAGGGUAAAGUUACUUGAUAUUUUGUUGUGAAGUUGAUAGAGACCAGAGAAACAACAGUAAAAACCAAAGAAUAAAUGGACACUGAAUAUGAUGAAUUGACUGCUUAUUGGUAUGAAAACUGAGGGAGAAUUACAGUAAAGGAAAUAUCCUUUUCCUGACACAGAUCUCUGCUCUUGUAAGAAGCUUACAGACUCGUUUUUUUUUUUUUUUGGUUUACAAUGAGCUGGGAAUCGAACCCAAAACCUAUAGCAUACUACCCAAAUCCCGCACCACUAGACCAAACCUAGUGGCUUAGAAGCUUACAGACUCUUACUCAUAACUAACAUUUAGCAAAAUACAAGAUAAGAUCUAUUUCCUCUCACUACCCCCCUUAUAGUGUGAAACGGUUACAGUCAAGAAUCCAAGGAAUGCCACAUCAUCAGGCACCUCAAGGUUUGCUACCCUCCUUCCGUACCCUUCUAGAAUAUACUAUCCACUGCUUGGGCCCACCCUGCUGAUUGUGAACGAGAUUACUAGCUGCACCCCUAUCAAUACCUCCUUCUAAACCAAUUGCCUUGUCCGCAAGGCAGAACUGAGGAAACUGACUCUGCAUAGUAAUCAUAUCUUCCCAAGUAACUUCUUCAGCACUUUUCCCUUUCCAUUUGACUAACACUUGUUGCCCCUCCUCUCCCUGUUGUUGCACCGUACGAUUAGCCAAUAACUGUUCUGGUUCCACCAUCUCAUUUCCAUCACCACUCAAGUUGUCAGGCAACUGUUCUUCCACCUGAUACUCACCAACAUCUUUCUUUAGCAACGACACAUGAAAAAGUUACAGAAGUCGAGACCCCUCUGGUAGCUUAAGUUUGUAGGCUAAUGCCCCAAUUCUCUCCAGCACUGGAUAUGGUCCAUAGAAACGCGCAGCAAGCUUAGCAUUGAUCCUAGUCACUACAGACUGCUGACGAUGAGCUCUUAACUUCACAAAGACCCACUCCCCUAUCUCAAAACCCCUAUCCUUCCUUCCCUUGUCUGACAAUCCCUUCAUACGUUCCUGGGCACGUAGUAAAUGCUCACACAAUGUUUCAGUGCCUCAUCCCUAUCCAGCAACUCUCUUUAGACCGCUUCAACUCUAGUUUCUCCUUGCCCCCAACGUGUGAUAGUGGGAGGUACUCUUCCAUACACAGUUUCAAACGGAGUCCGUCCUGCUGCUGCAUGAUAUGCGGUGUUAAACCAGAAUUCCGUCCAAUGAACCCACAAUAAUCAUGUCUUUGGUUGGUCCGCAAUGAAACAUCGUAAAUACAUUUCUAAGCAACCAUUAACAACUUCCGUUUGACCAUCCGAUUCGGGACUCUAUCACUAACGAUUGAUGCAGGAACUCCAUGCAGUCUCACUACUUCUUUGGUGAAAAUUUCUGCCACCGUACAUGCUGUAUAGGGGUGCUUAAGAGGUAUAAAGUGACAAUACUUCGAGAGCCUAUCCACCACAACUAGAAUGGCCUCAAAUCCUCUUGAUUUAGGCAAACCCAUGAUGAAAUCAAUCGAAAUAUCCUCCCAAAUUCUGUUUGGAAUUGUCAGUGGCUGUAAAAGUCCUCCUGGAGAAGCAGCCAAGUAUUUUUGUCUUUGACAAAUAUCGCACACUAUAACAAACUCCUGCACAACAUUCUUCAUUCCCAGCCAAUACAAAUUUGCUGCAAUUCUCCUAUAAGUCCUAUAGAAGCCGGAGUGACCUCCUUGAGGUGUUGUGUGAAACUCUUGCAACAGUUUCGCAAUUAGGGUGGACUUACUAGAAAGAACCAAACGUCCUUCAUAAAACAGCUUACCAUGUUUAUAUUGAAACCCUUGAUUACCUUCAGUGCCCAGUUGCAACUUCUGUAUAAUUUCGAACAGUUUGGCAUCUUUAUGGACCUUGUCACGUACUACCUGCCACUCCUCCUACACUGGGUAAGAAAUCAACGUCUGUAACGUGCUUCCUUCCCCCAUUCGUGAUAGUGCAUCAGCCCCUCUGUUCUCUUUACCCGGCUUAUAACGAAUUUCAAAAUUGUAUCCCAGCAGUUUAGCGGCCCAAUUUUGUUGUUCAGCAGUCACUAUUUUUUGUUCCAGCAGUUGCUUCAAACUUUUCUGAUCCGUUGACACAACGAAUCUCUUUCCAAGAAGAUAAGGCCUCCAAUGUUGAAUGGCCAUCACCACAGCCAUCAAUUCCUUCUCAUAGGCGGAUUUUGUCAAAUUUGCACCCCCAAUGCCUUGCUAAAGUAUGCUAUGGGUCGCUUCUCUUGCAUUAGAAUAGCUCCAACACCACAUCCUGAUGCAUCACAUUCGAUAGUAAACUCUUUAGCAAAAUUUGUUAACGCUAGGACUGGAGCUGUUGUGAGUUGCUUCUUCAAUGCUUCAAAGCUGUUUGUGCUUCCGGUCCCCAUACAAAUACAUCCUUCUUUGUGAGUUCAGUCAAUGGCCGUGCUAUCUUCCCGUAAUCACUUAUGAAUUUUCUAUAGUAGCCGGUAAGACCAAGAAAUCCACGAACUCCUUUCACAUUGCUGAUUGUUGGCCAAUGAUUCACACUGACCACCUUGUUAGGGUCUACAGCCACCCCCUCUGCAGAUAUGAGAUGCCCCAAGUAUUUCACCUCUUUUUGAGCAAAACCUUUCAUGUUGCUGGGUGUUGGCCAAUUUAGUCUUCUUUUUCUUCUAUCUUGUGCCAUCUAUAAGAAAACUUGGUUGAGUUAAUUUCCUGUUGUCGUGAUAGUUUUAUGGUUAUGGUCUUUAAUUGAAAUAUUAACUUCUCAUUUGUGAUGCUCUGCAUGUCUGCCUGGUAAUUACUGUAUGCUUCUUGUAGUAGUAACUAUCCAAAUAUCACAACAUUGAACCACUGACUACAACAAGUUCAGAGAGAAUCAUGAUAAGUUCAAAAGGGGAUAAUGUUAUUUUAAUGGGAUUUUGCUCACAUAUUUAUAACUGAAACAUGAUUAACUGUUCAAUAGAUUAUGAGUUCCUCUAGUUCAUGAUUUGGGCAUAGAUUGACACAUAGGAGCAUAAUGUCUUUUGGAUUAUGAUCAAUGUUCUAAUUACGGAAAAUAGACUUGUGUAUUAUGAAUGUAUUACUUCAGGAGCUUGUUUUAAAACCUGGAAUGAAAUGAUGAAUGAGGAUUUAAAAUUCUUCUUCUGUCUCUUUGGAUUUAUGAUUAUUGAUUUGUGGUUUGUUGAUACUUUUUCUCACAUGAACAAAUCAGUAAUUAAGUAACUUAUAUCACAAAGGUUCAGCUUGUACAUAACUCUGUUUAGGGAAUGCAUGUUUCUUUUUUGGUGCUGGCUGGUUGCGAGUUUGGAGUUCAAUUUCUGAUUGGAUGUAUCCAAUUGGUUCAGUUCCGCAACAAGUAAUUUUUACCUCUGCUGAAUUGCAACCAGCUCCUGCAAAUUUGCAAGGCUAACGAUCUAAUUUAUUUCUUUAAAUUUCUCUAGUAAGAAAUACCUUAGUCUUAAUGUUAGCUUAUUUCACAUUGAAGUUAUCUUUCUUAUUCGAUUGUUGUUAUUUGAUACAAAAGUUUUCUAAAAUACUUGAUUAAUAUUGUGAUUAAAAAUUAACUUAAUUGUUGAGUGCCUUAACUUUUGUGCAGGUAAUCAAGAAUGUAUAUCAUGGAACAUGUGGAUUAGAGUCUUCUAGAAUGAUACAUGAUGUUUAUAGGAGAUUUAUUUAAUUAUUACAUGCAAAUGCUAAUGCUUAAUUGAUUUAAUUUUAUUAUGUGCAAGUUUAAGCAUGAUUUUAAAUCAAGUCGUGUUGUGAUUGUUGAUAUUAUGGGGGAUUUUUGUCAAAUGUGGUAUGAUAUUGCCUUAAUUUUAGUCUCGUUGUGGUUGUACUUGUAAGUAGUAAAGAAGUUGUGUGAGAUUGAACAGAUAUUAGAGAGGUGUGCAAUUCUCCGCGUAAGAUUAUUUUUAGAAUAGAUCGAUAGAAAGCAUAGAUAAUUGAUACGGAGAGUUGUUAUGGAGAAUUGCAGUCAAAUGUGGUCUGAUAUUGCCUCAAUUAUAGUCUUGUGGUUGUAACGAGUAAAGAUCUUGUGUGGAUAUGUGGAAAAAAUGACGCGCAAUAGAGUUGUGAAAUUUUGCCAUGUGUUAUUGCAGACUAAAUUAAAGUUGCUUAUCCUUUUUUUAAGUACUUAUUGCAUUUCCAAUUUCUGUAAUUUUUUGUUGGUGGAAUGCUAUUAUUGUUGUAGUUCAUUAAUUUGCAGGAAAUGAGUCUGUUGGAGGUAAAACAUGGUUUACUUCAGAUAGCAGAAUCGUUGGAUUUUCUCCACAACCAUGCUCAUCUUAUUCAUCGAGCUAUAUCACCUGAGAAUGUUUUUAUCACAUUGAGUGGAGCCUGGAAACUUGGUGGAUUUGGUUUUGCAAUUUCUUCUUCUCAGAACCCUGGUGCUUGUCUAAUCUGCAUGCCUUCCAUUAUGCUGAGUAUGCCGUUGAAGACUCUGUUUUGCCACUUCAGCCAUCGAUUAAUUACACUGCACCGGAGAUAGCGAGGAUCACUGCUUCUUCAGCUGGGUGCUAUUCUGAUAUUUUCAGUUUGGGAUGUCUUGCCUACCAUUUCGCAAGCCGUUGUUUGACUGCCACAACAAUUGUCAAGAUGUACAUGAAUACCUUGACUUACUUAUCGAGUGAUGCUUUCUCAUCUAUCCCAUCGGAUCUGGUUCCUGACUUGCAAAGGAUACUCUCUUCAAACGAAUCUUUCAGGCCAACUGCAAUGGAUUUUACUGGCUCACAAUUUUUUCGCAAUGACACUAGGUUACAUGCUCUGCGCUUCCUGGACCACAUAAUCGUCCUUCCACCACUUUGUGCAGAACUUAGGAAUAAUGUAGUUAUACAGCCGAUGAUUCUACCAAUGGUUCUAACCAUUGCAGUGUCUCAGGACAAGAAUGAUUUUGAGCAAUCAACACUUCCAGCUCUUUUCCCUGUCUUAAGCACUGCUUCUGGUGAUACAAUGUUACUACUUCUAAAGCAUGCCGAGCUAAUAAUUAACAAGACUAGUCAAGAUCAUUUAAUUUCACACGUUCUUCCAGUGAUUGUUCGGGCCUAUGAUGAUAAUGAUGCACGUUUACAAGAAGAGGUCCUGAAAAAAUCAGUAUCCCUUUCCAAGCAACUUGAUGCCCAGCUGGUGAAACAAGUGAUUUUGCCCCGUGUUCAUGGACUAGCACUCAGGAACAGGAACAAAUCAGUAAUUAAGUGAUAGAAAUGUGAAUCAAGUGGGCCCUAAGCCCAAGAUUUGGAGGGUGUAUGAAAGAAUACGUGGAAGACGGUAAGAAUGAUGAUGUGGAGGGAAUCAUGCGGGGAUGCAUGGAAUGUGUGAUGUUGAGUCUUAUAUAUAUAUAGUGGGUUAGAGGAGAGAGAUUGGGUAGCUAAGUUGAUUGUUAGCAUUGGGUUCACAUUACGUGAAUUGAGGAGCACUUGCUCUUGAGGGCUGUUAGCUUGCUAAUAGUUUAUUAUCUUUGUUAUUUUCAUUUUCCAUUUUCACAGUGUAAUUGUUCAUCGGUUUCAAUCAAUACAAUUACAUAUUUCUUCA